CUUCCCGCGGCCGCUCUGGCCCAAGCGUCCCCUCGUCUCUCUGAUUUGGCCCAUCCGGCUUGGGAGGGAGGCGCGGGUGGGUGAGCUAGGGGAGUGCGUCAAUGGGGUCCAGGCCCGAGCCCCUGAAGACGGACUCCGCCCCCGGCACCCGCUCGCGCCCCGCCCCCGGCUGGAGGAGUCUCUGCUGGACCAUCGGAUCCUGGUCUGUCCCGGCCCGCAGCCUCUAUGGAGGCUUCUGCCGGGCCGUAGAGCCUUUCGCCCCCUGGGGACUCACCCGUAUAUAAGGUCCGUUUGGCCUGCAGCAGCCCGAGUCUGUAAUGCUGGACACUGUUUAUGGGGUUGGCCCCCUAUGGGGGCCCCUGUCUCUAGGGGACCCCCAAGGUCCUUAGGGGUCGUCCCCGUCCAUAGUGACUCCAUAUACAGGGCCUCCAUCGCUCUAUAGGGCCCAGCCCUCGGCUUCCAGAGCCUGUCAGCAGUGGCCGUUCCCUUCGCCGGGACUGCGUCUCCAGGACCUCCUCGGUCUACAAGGCCAUGUUAUGCCUAUAGAGGUCGCAUUUGCAGGGCCUCACGCCGGGUAGAGGGUCCUCUCCAGGUUUUUACGGCCCGUUCCCGCUCUAAGGGUCAGUACAGGAGGCGGCGAUGGCCCUGGGCAAGGCUCUGGCCACGGCACUGGCUUUGGCCUUGGCCGUGUUGGGGUCGCUGUCCCCUGGGGCCCAGGCGGGGGACUGCAAGGGGCAGCGGCAGGUGUUGCGGGAGGCGCCAGGCUUCGUGACGGAUGGUGCUGGCAACUACAGCGUCAAUGGCAACUGCGAGUGGCUCAUCGAGGCCCCAAGCCCCCAGCACCGGAUCCUGCUGGACUUCCUUUUCCUGGACACAGAGUGCACGUAUGACUACCUGUUUGUGUAUGACGGUGACUCCCCGCGAGGGCCGCUGCUUGCCAGUCUGAGUGGGAGCACCCGGCCUCCGCCCAUCGAAGCUUCCUCAGGCAAGAUGCUGCUGCACCUCUUCAGUGAUGCCAACUACAACCUACUGGGCUUUAACGCCUCAUUCCGCUUCUCCCUGUGCCCGGGUGGCUGCCGGAGCCACGGGCAGUGCCAGCCGCCGGGUGUGUGUGCCUGUGAGCCGGGCUGGGGGGGUCCUGACUGUGGCGUGCAGGAGUGCUCAGCCUACUGUGGCAGCCAUGGCACCUGCGCCUCGCCCCUGGGACCAUGCCGCUGUGAGCCUGGCUUCUUGGGACGUGCCUGUGACCUGCACCUGUGGGAGAACCAGGGGGCUGGCUGGUGGCACAACGUGAGUGCUGGGGACCCUGCCUUCUCUGCCCGUAUUGGAGCAGCUGGCGCCUUCCUGUCCCCACCGGGGCUGCUGGCAGUUUUUGGAGGCCAGGACCUCAACAAUGCCCUGGGUGACCUCGUCCUAUACAACUUCUCCGCCAACACCUGGGAAUCCUGGGACCUGAGUCCUGCCCCGGCUGCCCGUCACUCCCAUGUGGCCGUGGCCUGGGCCGGCUCCCUGGUGCUGAUGGGUGGUGAGCUGGCAGACGGCUCGCUCAUCAACGACGUGUGGGCCUUCAGUCCACUGGGCAGGGGCCACUGGGAGCUCCUGGCACCACCUGCCUCCAGCUCCUCGGGGCCCCCAGGCCUGGCAGGUCAUGCGGCUGCCCUGGUGGAUGAUGUCUGGCUAUAUGUGUCUGGAGGCCGCACCCAGCACGACCUCUUCUCCUCUGGCCUCUUCCGUUUCCGCCUUGACAGCACCAGCGGGGGCUAUUGGGAGCAGGUGAUUCCAGCAGGUGGACGGCCCCCUGCUGCCACCGGCCACUCCAUGGUAUUCCAUGCCCCGUCCCGUGCCCUGCUGGUCCAUGGUGGACACCGGCCCUCCACUGCCCGGUUCUCUGUGCGAGUGAACUCCACUGAGCUUUUCCAUGUGGAUCGGCGUGUGUGGACGACGCUGAAGGGGCGGGAUGGGCUUCAGGGCCCAAGGGAGAGAGCUUUCCACACAGCCAGUGUUCUGGGCAACUACAUGGUGGUCUAUGGGGGCAAUGUGCACACUCAUUACCAGGAGGAAAAGUGCUACGAAGAUGGCAUCUUCUUCUACCACCUUGGUUGCCAUCAAUGGGUGUCAGGAGCUGAGCUUGCCCCGCCAGGAACCCCUGAGGGCCGAGCAGCGCCUCCCAGUGGUCGGUACUCACAUGUGGCUGCGGUGCUUGGUGGCAGCGUCCUGUUGGUGGCUGGGGGGUACAGCGGCCGGCCCCGUGGGGACUUGAUGGCGUACAAGGUGCCCCCCUUUGUGUUCCAGGCACCUGCCCCUGACUACCACUUGGACUACUGCUCCAUGUACACAGAUCACAGCGUGUGCUCCCGGGACCCGGAAUGCAGUUGGUGCCAAGGAGCCUGCCAAGCUGCACCCCCUCCUGGGACCCCCUUGGGGGCUUGUCCAGCCGCCAGCUGCCUGGGCCUGGGCCGCCUCCUGGGUGACUGCCAGGCCUGCCUGGCCUUCAGUAGCCCCACAGCCCCUCCGCGGGGACCCGGCACCCUGGGCUGGUGUGUGCACAAUGAGAGCUGCCUCCCUCGGCCUGAGCAGGCCCGCUGCCGAGGGGAGCAGAUCUCAGGCACGGUGGGCUGGUGGGGGCCUGCGCCUGUCUUCGUCACGUCCCUGGAGGCCUGCGUCACCCAGAGCUUCCUGCCUGGCCUACACCUGCUCACCUUCCAGCAGCCACCCAACACCUCCCAGCCUGACAAGGUGUCGAUUGUCCGCAGCACGACCAUCACCCUGACACCCAACGCAGAAACAGAUGUGUCCCUGGUCUACCGUGGCUUCAUCUACCCAAUGCUGCCUGGAGGGCCGGGUGGGCCAGGGUCUGAGGACGUGGCCGUGUGGGCCCGGGCCCAGCGCCUACACGUUCUGGCCCGGAUGGCCCGUGGCCCUGACACAGAGAACAUGGAGGAGGUGGGGCGCUGGGUGGCUCAUCAGGAGAAGGAGACGCGGCAGCUGCAGCGCCCUGGGUCUGCUCGCCUCUUCCCCCUGCCCGGGCGGGACCACAAGUAUGCAGUAGAGAUCCGGGGCCAGCUGAACGGCUCGGCAGGCCCUGGGCACAGCGAGCUCACUCUGCUGUGGGAUCGGACUGGUGUGCCAGGAGGCAGUGAGAUCUCCUUCUUCUUCCUGGAGCCCUACCGCUCGUCGGCCUGCACCUCCUAUUCUUCCUGCCUGGGCUGCUUGGCAGACCAGGGCUGUGGCUGGUGCCUGACCAGUGCCAGCUGCCACCUGCGCCAGGGUGGAGCCCAUUGCGGGGAUGACAGGGCUGGUGGGUCCCUGCUGGUGCUGGUGCCUACCCUCUGCCCACUCUGCGAGGAGCAUCGGGAUUGCCAUGCCUGCACCCAGGACCCCUUCUGUGAGUGGCAUCAGAGCACCAGCCGCAAAGGAGACGCGGCAUGCAGCCGGCGGGGCCGGGGUCGGGGUGCCAUAAAGAGUCCAGAGGAGUGUCCCCCACUCUGCAACCAGCGACUGACCUGUGAGGACUGCCUGGCCAACUCGAGCCAGUGCGCCUGGUGCCAGUCCACCCACACCUGCUUCCUGUUUGCCGCCUACCUGGCCCGGUACCCACACGGGGGCUGUCGAGGCUGGGAUGACAGUGUGCACUCGGAGCCACGGUGCCGGAGCUGCGAUGGGUUCCUGACCUGCCACGAGUGUCUGCAGAGCCACGAGUGUGGCUGGUGUGGCAAUGAGGACAACCCCACACUGGGACGGUGCCUACAGGGGGACUUCUCAGGGCCCCUCGGUGGGGGUAACUGCUCCCUGUGGGUGGGGGAGGGCCUGGGGCUUCCCGUGGCCCUCCCUGCCCGCUGGGCAUAUGCCCGCUGUCCUGACGUGGAUGAGUGUCGCCUGGGCCUGGCCCGGUGCCAUCCGCGGGCGACCUGCCUGAACACGCCCCUCAGCUACGAGUGUCACUGCCAGCGGGGCUACCAGGGUGAUGGCAUCUCACACUGCAACCGCACGUGCUUGGAGGACUGUGGCCAUGGUGUGUGCAGCGGCCCCCCGGACUUCACCUGCGUGUGCGACCUGGGCUGGACAUCAGACCUGCCCCUGCCUACACCCGCCCCGGGUCCCCCAGCACCCCGCUGCUCCCGGGAUUGUGGCUGCAGCUUCCACAGCCACUGCCGCAAGCGGGGCCCUGGCUUCUGCGACGAAUGCCAGGACUGGACAUGGGGAGAGCACUGCGAACGAUGCCGGCCCGGCAGCUUCGGCAACGCCACGGGCUCUAGGGGCUGCCGGCCCUGCCAGUGCAAUGGGCACGGGGACCCCCGCCGUGGCCACUGUGACAACCUCAGUGGGCUCUGCUUCUGCCAGGACCACACCGAGGGUGCCCACUGCCAGCUCUGCUCCCCAGGCUAUUAUGGGGAUCCCCGGGCCGGUGGUUCCUGCUUCCGGGAGUGUGGAGGUCGCGCCCUCCUCACCAAUGUGUCCUCAGUGGCACUGGGCUCACGCCGGGUCGGGGGGCUGCUGCCUCCAGGUGGCGGGGCUGCGAGAGCCGGGCCUGGCCUGUCCUAUUGUGUGUGGGUUGUCUCAGCCACUGAGGAGCUACAGCCCUGUGCUCCCGGGACCCUCUGUCCCCCACUCACCCUCACCUUCUCCCCUGACAGCAGCACCCCCUGCACGCUGAGCUACGUCCUGGCCUUUGAUGGAUUCCCACGCUUCCUGGACACUGGUGUUGUCCAGUCGGACCGAAGCCUCAUAGCUGCCUUCUGCGGCCAGCGACGGGACAGACCCCUCACUGUUCAGGCCCUGUCUGGGCUGCUGGUGCUGCACUGGGAGGCCAAUGGCUCCUCAUCCUGGGGCUUCAAUGCUUCGGUGGGCUCCGCCCGCUGUGGGUCAGGGGGUCCUGGGAGCUGCCCAGUCCCCCAGGAAUGCGUGCCCCAGGACGGUGCUGCAGGUGCGGGGCUCUGCCGAUGUCCUCAAGGCUGGGCUGGCCCACACUGCCGGAUGGCUCUGUGUCCUGAGAACUGCAAUGCCCACACUGGGGCAGGAACUUGUAACCAGAGCCUGGGUGUGUGCAUCUGUGCCGAAGGCUUCGGGGGUCCUGACUGCGCCACCAAGUUGGAUGGUGGGCAGCUGGUCUGGGAGACCCUCAUGGACAGCCGCCUCUCAGCCGACACUGCCAGCCGCUUCCUGCACCGCCUGGGCCACACCAUGGUGGAGGGACCUGAUGCCACCUUGUGGAUGUUUGGGGGCCUGGGCCUGCCCCAGGGGCUGCUGGGAAACCUGUACAGGUACUCAGUGAGUGAGCGGCGGUGGACACAGAUGCUGGCGGGAGCUGAGGACGGGGGCCCAGGCCCAUCGCCCCGCUCCUUCCAUGCAGCUGCAUAUGUGCCUGCUGGCCGUGGUGCCAUGUAUCUGCUGGGGGGACUCACCGCUGGGGGUGUCACCCGUGAUUUCUGGGUCCUCAACCUCACCACCCUGCAAUGGCGGCAGGAGAAGGCCCCCCAGACCGUGGAGCUGCCAGCCGUUGCUGGUCACACCCUUACUGCCCGCCGAGGCCUAUCUCUGCUCCUGGUGGGCGGUUAUUCCCCGGAAAACGGCUUCAACCAGCAGCUGCUUGAGUACCAGCUGGCGACCGGCACCUGGGUGUCAGGAGCCCAGAGCGGGACACCCCCCACAGGUCUCUACGGUCACUCCGCCGUCUACCAUGAGGCCACCGACUCCCUCUAUGUGUUUGGGGGAUUCCGAUUCCAUGUGGAGCUGGCAGCCCCAUCCCCCGAGCUCUACUCCCUGCACUGUCCUGACCGCACCUGGAGCCUGCUGGCCCCUUCUCAGGGGGCAAAGGGAGAUUGUGUGAGGAAUGUGGGUGGCUCAUCAAGGGGUCUGGGCUAAGUUCCUAGGGAGCAGCCUGGGUCAUGGGGGUUCCGGGAACUCAGGAAGGAGAUGGUUCUGUGGGCUGCUCUUGCCGGCACAGGAGGUUUCCUGGAGGAAAUCUCACCUCACCUGAAGGAGCCCCGUCCCCGGCUUUUCCAUGCCUCAGCCCUGUUAGGGGACACCAUGGUGGUUCUUGGGGGGCGCUCGGACCCUGACGAGUUCAGCAGCGACGUUCUGCUCUACCAAGUCAACUGCAAUGCCUGGCUUCUGCCCGACCUCACCCGCCCGGCCUCUGUGGGACCCCCAGUGGAGGAGUCUGUGGCCCAUGCUGUGGCAGCAGUCGGGGGCCGCCUGUACAUCUCCGGGGGUUUCGGGGGAGUGGCCCUGGGCCGCCUGCUGGCACUGACCCUGCCCCCUGACCCCUGCCGCCUGCUGUCCUCACCCGAAGCUUGUAACCAGUCUGGGGCCUGCACCUGGUGCCAUGGGGCCUGCUUAUCCGGGGAUCAGGCCCACAGACUGGGCUGUGGGGGCUCCCCCUGCUCCCCAAUGCCUCGCUCCCCGGAGGAAUGUCGACGUCUCCGGACCUGCAGUGAGUGCCUGGCCCGCCAUCCUCGGACCCUGCAACCUGGAGAUGGAGAGGCAUCCGCUCCCCGCUGUAAGUGGUGUACCAACUGCCCCGAGGGUGCUUGCAUUGGACGCAAUGGGUCCUGCACCUCUGAGAAUGACUGUCGGAUCAACCAGCGAGAGGUCUUCUGGGCAGGGAACUGCUCUGAGGCUGCGUGCGGGGCUGCCGACUGCGAGCAGUGCACGCGGGAGGGCAAAUGCAUGUGGACACGGCAGUUCAAGAGGACGGGGGAGACCCGCCGCAUCCUGUCCGUGCAGCCUACCUAUGACUGGACCUGUUUCAGCCACUCUCUGCUGAAUGUGUCCCCCAUGCCGGUGGAAUCAUCACCCCCACUGCCCUGCCCCACCCCUUGUCACCUCCUACCCAACUGCACCUCUUGCCUGGACUCUAAGGGAGCGGAUGGGGGCUGGCAGCACUGUGUCUGGAGCAGCAGCCUGCAGCAGUGUCUGAGCCCUUCCUACCUGCCACUGCGAUGUAUGGCCGGAGGCUGUGGGCGGCUGCUCCGGGGACCUGAGAGCUGCUCCCUGGGCUGUGCUCAGGCAACCCAGUGUGCCUCGUGCCUGCAGCGCCCCCAUUGCGGCUGGUGUGCCUGGGGGGGGCAGGAUGGAGGCGGCCGCUGCAUGGAGGGUGGACUCAGCGGCCCCCGUGAUGGACUGACGUGUGGGCGUCCGGGGGCCUCCUGGGCCUUCCUGUCCUGCCCCCCCGAGGACGAGUGUGCAAACGGGCACCACGACUGCAACGAGACGCAGAAUUGCCACGACCAGCCCCAUGGCUAUGAGUGCAGCUGCAAGACAGGCUACACCAUGGACAAUGUGACCGGGCUCUGCCGCCCUGUGUGCGCCCAGGGCUGCGUGAACGGCUCAUGCGUGGAGCCCGACCACUGCCGCUGCCACUUUGGCUUUGUGGGCCGCAACUGCUCCACAGAAUGCCGCUGCAACCGCCACAGUGAAUGUGCUGGUGUUGGGGCGCGCGACCACUGCCUGCUCUGCCGCAACCACACCAAGGGCAGCCACUGUGAGCAGUGCCUCCCACUGUUUGUGGGUUCAGCUGUCGGGGGCGGGACCUGCCGGCCUUGCCACACCUUCUGUCGUGGAAAUAGCCACGUCUGCAUCUCCAAGAAGGAGUUCGAAAUGGCCAAGGGAGAGCCACAGAAGUACUCACUGGACCCAGAGGAGAUUGAAAACUGGGUGACAGAGGGUCCUAGUGAAGACGAGGCCAUGUGUGUGAACUGCCAGAAUAACAGCUAUGGAGAGAAAUGCGAGAGCUGCUUGCAGGGCUACUUCCUCCUGGACGGGAAGUGCACCAAAUGCCAGUGUAACGGCCACGCGGACACAUGUAACGAGCAGGAUGGGACGGGCUGUCCGUGUCAGAACAACACAGAGACAGGCACAUGCCAGGGCAGCUCCCCCAGUGACCGUCGAGACUGCUACAAGUACCAGUGUGCUAAGUGCCGAGAAUCAUUCCAUGGGAACCCGCUGGGCGGCCAGCAGUGCUACCGCCUCAUCUCAGUGGAGCAGGAGUGCUGCCUGGACCCCACGUCGCAGACCAACUGCUUCCAUGAGCCCAAGCGCCGGGCACUAGGCCCUGGCCGCACUGUCCUCUUUGGUGUGCAGCCCAAAUUCACCAACGUGGACAUCCGCCUGACGCUGGACGUGACCUUUGGGGCCGUGGACCUCUAUGUCUCCACCUCCUAUGACACCUUCGUGGUCCGUGUGGCCCCUGACACUGGCGUCCAUACAGUACACAUCCAGGCAUCCCAACCCCCACCACCUCCGCCACCCCUUGCAGAUGGUGGGCCCCGGGGGGCCGGGGAUCCAGGAGGAGCAGGAGCCAGCAGUGAACCGGGCGCCCCAGCAGAGCCACGGGUACGGGAGGUGUGGCCGCAGGGCCUGAUUACCUACGUGACAGUGACGGAGCCGUCGGCAGUGCUGGUGGUCCACAGUGUGCGGGACCGGCUGGUCAUCACCUACCCGCACGAGCACCAUGCCCUCAAGUCGAGCCGCUUCUACCUGCUGCUGCUGGGUGUGGGAGACCCAAGUGGGCCCAGCGCCAACGGCUCAGCCGACUCGCAGGGUCUGCUCUUCUUCCGGCAGGACCAGGCCCACAUCGACCUGUUUGUCUUCUUCUCCGUCUUCUUCUCCUGCUUCUUCCUCUUCCUCUCACUCUGUGUGCUCCUCUGGAAGGCCAAACAGGCUCUGGAUCAGCGGCAGGAGCAACGCCGGCACUUGCAGGAGAUGACCAAGAUGGCCAGCCGCCCCUUCGCCAAGGUCACUGUCUGCUUCCCACCUGACCCUACUGCCCUGGCCCCCGUCUGGAAGCCAGCUGGGCUCCCACCACCCGCCUUCCGCCGCUCUGAGCCCUUCCUGGCACCCCUGCUGCUGACAGGGGCCGGUGGUCCCUGGGGACCCAUGGGAGGGGGCUGCUGCCCGCCAGCCAUCCCUGCCACCACUGCUGGGCUGCGAGCUGGGCCCAUCACCCUCGAGCCCACAGAAGAUGGCAUGGCCGGCGUGGCCACCCUGCUGCUCCAGCUGCCUGGCGGGCCCCAUGCACCCAACGGCGCCUGCCUGGGGUCAGCCCUCGUCACACUGCGGCACAGGCUGCAUGAGUACUGUGGGGGUGGCGGGGUUGCUGGGGGCAGUGGGCAUGGGGCUGGUGUGGGCCGGAAGGGACUGUUGAGCCAGGACAACCUCACCAGCAUGUCCCUCUGACAUGCCAAGGGUCCUCAUCCACAGCAGCUGGGUCACCCAAUGGGGCCACCCUGGACUUGGGGUCCCUUCACCUGGGGGGCCCUGGACACUGUCUCCUUGGAGACCACUGGCUCCCUUCCCUCAGGGGUGCCCCGACGGGGCCUCCUUUGUUCUGCAUUCAGCAGCUAUUUAUUGAGUACCUACUCUGUCAGGCACUGUCAUAGGCAUGGGGCAAAGCAGGAACGGAGAGACGAGGUUCCCUGAUCUCAUGGUACUUAGGUUCUAGUGAAGGGAGACAAUCAGUUCACACGCACACACCCCACAUGCACACACACAUGAACACUUGCACAUGUGCACACACGAGUAACAUGGUUUCAGAGAGGGAGAAGUGCCGUGAGGCCUCCAGAGGACGUGGCAGUGAGGGAUGACGGGGUGAAGUCGGCUGGACAUUCAGAGAAGCUAGACUGAGAAUGCCUGAGAAGAACCAGCCACGGGAAGAGCUUCGGGAAGUGAAGGCAGAGGCCCUGGGGUGGGAGCAGGCUUGUUUUAUUGGAAGGACUGGAAAACUGGCAAGUGUGACCCAGAUCAAGUGUGAGGAGAUGAGACUGGGGACAGGCAGGGGCUGGAUCACCCAGGGCCUUGUGGACCCCACACAGGGUUUUGGGUUUUAUCCUCAGGGCAACGGGAAGCUGUUGGAUGGUUUGAUGAAGGGGAGUGACAGGAUCCGAUGUACCUAUUUCAGAAUUUAAGAGGGCUGGGUGCGGUGGCUCAUGCCUAUAAUCCCAGCACUUUGGGAGGCCAAGGCGGGCUGAUCACAAGGUCAGGAGUUCGAGACCAGCCUGGCCAAUAUGGUGAAACCCCGUGUCUACUAAAAAUACAAAAAUUAGCCGGGCGUGGUGGCUCACACCUGUAGUCCCAGCUACUUGGGAGGCUGAGGCAGGAGAAUUGCU